GCAGCUUUCUCCUGGCCGCCUGGACUGAGGGAGGAGGACACGAUGUCGGGCGUUUCCCGCGGACUGCUCUGGGCCGCCACCUGCCUCGCCGUGCUCUGCGUGUCGGCGGCGCAGCAGAACAGCAGCAGCUCUCCUCCCAACACGACUGGGACCUCGACCGUAACCCCCAAGCCGGUCCCGACGGUGCUCACGCCCACCACGCCGCCAGAAACCUGUGAGAGCCACAACAGCUGUAUUUCCUGUGUUAAUACCACCAUUGCUAAUAUUACCUGCUUUUGGUUAGAAUGCCAAGAAGGAAAUAAGACCUAUUGUUCAAGUGAAUUUGUAAAAAACUGUAGCCAGGUGAACCGGACUGAAUCCUGCUCUGCUAAACCCACAGCUCAGCCUUCCUUUCCUACAUCUGCUCCCUCAGCUGUCACAUCAGGUACAACAAAUACCACUCUGCCUCCCACCUCACAGCCGGAGCGGAAGUCUACCUUUGAUGCAGCCAGCUUCAUUGGAGGAAUUGUCCUAGUCUUGGGUGUGCAGGCUGUAAUUUUCUUUCUCUAUAAAUUCUGCAAGUCUAAAGAACGAAAUUACCACACUCUGUAAACAGACCCAUUAAACUAAUACGGACUGGCAGUUAACUUGAGUAGCUCACUGAAACCAAAA